CUAAAUUCCGAGGACUAAAUUAGAACGCGUCUGUUUUUUCCCCUCUUCUCUCUUCACUCACCUAAAUCCCUAAUCAAGAACCCUAGUUUAUCGUAAUUUCUCGUCUCCAUUCUCAAAUUUGUGAAAUUAAAAGCCCUACAUUCGGGAGUUUUCGUUCCUGAAACGUAUUACAAUCUUCCAAUUUACAUAGGCGGCGGCGUAUUUGCUAGUUCUCCAAAAUGCCGGCCACCGCGGGGAGGGUUCGCAUGCCAGCGAACAACCGCGUGCACAGCAGCGCCGCCCUACAGACCCACGGCAUAUGGCAGAGCGCCAUUGGGUACGAUCCAUACGCUCCGAACAAAGAAGACAAAAAGGAAAGCAGAUCUUCUCAGAAGACCUCCGUCCCUGAGUCCGAUCCGGACGCCGGCGAAAAUGCAUACGCCAGUUUCCAGGGCUUACUCGCUCUCGCGCGCGUCACUGGAUCCAACGCCGACGAGGCGCGUGGCUGUUGCACGAAGUGCGGGCGAGUCGGCCACUUGACGUUUCAGUGCAGGAAUUUUUUGAGCGCUGCCAAGGAAGAGGAAGGGAAGGACUUGGGGGCAAUCCAAGCUGGGGUUUUUUCUGGUUUGGGGAAAUUGAAAGGGGAGAGAGUGAAAGCCAAAGGGAAGGGUUUGGUGGAGGGCGAUGAGAGUAGUGAGGAUGAAGAGGAGAGUGAAAGCUCUGAUUCCGAUUAUGAUUCGGAGAUAGAGAGGGCGAUAAAGAAAAAAUACGGAAAAAGGGUUAGUGGUAAGUCUACCAAGGGGAAUGUUGUUGAUGACGAUGAUGACGAGUCUUCGGACGAGGGGAAUCGUAGGGAGAUGAGAAAGAGGGAGAAAUUGAGGUCGAAGAAGAAGAGUGUGAAGAGAGAGAAAAGUGAGUCUGAGGAAGAAGGAAGAAGAAAGAGGAGGAGAGAGAAAGGGAGGAGAAGGAGGGAUGACGAUGGUGAUUCGUCGGAUGGAGAAGAAAGCAGACGAAGGAAGAGUAGGAAGGAGAAGAGGAGGAGGAGGAGUCACCGUCAUUCAGAUGAUGAUUCAUCGGAUGAUUCUGCAGAUAGGCGGCAUAAGCGAAGUAGCAGGAGGCGGCGGCGGCGGCAACACUCGGCGUCUGGUUCUGAUGCUAGUGGCUCAGAUGAUCCACCAAGAGUGGGGCGGGACAAGAAACGCGCUGAGAGGAACAGCAGCCGUAAACAUCGACGGAGAGAUGACUAAGCUUGGCUUAUUUGGUGGUAGGUGCAAAACCCUUCUUUUCACAGUGUCGUAUGCGAAAUCUUGAAUGUGGAAUCAAAUUAUGUUAAUGAAGUCUGCGUUGUGUUCGCUAUUUUUUUUCUGUUUCGCGUAUCUUGUUGGUUUUGAUUGAUUUUCUUUUUUUCUUCUGGUUGUAAGAACUCUGAUCUGUUGUUAAAUACUAUAUCUACAUGACUAUAAGUUGGUGAUUAAUCCUAUUUAUUUAAGUAUCGAAAUAAAUAGUUGAUUAGAUUUUGU